GGCGGGCGGAGUGGGACGGAGCGCAGGGUCGGGCUCCCCCUCCCCGGCGUGUGUGGGCGCCGGGCCCGCAGGCGAGCCGCCCCCACCCGGGCAGCGGGGAGAGGAGAAGGUGGCAGCCGCCCCUCUCCGGCCGGGCCGGGCUGGGCCGUGCCCGCGGGGGUCGCCCCGGUGCCCGGGGCAGCUCCUCCUCCAUGACAUGAGUCGCGGCUGCCCGGCGUGGGGCGGCGGGAGGCGGCGCCGGCCGGCCUCGCCGUGAGGGGUCCCCUGGAGGAUGCCGCUGGGCGGCGGCGGAGGCGGCGGGGGGCCGGCGGCGGGCCCCCCCGGCGGGUCGCGCUCGCUGAGCCCCGCCGCGCUGUCCCGCAGCCUGUCCCGCCUGCGGCAGCACCGCGCCCGCUCGCGGGCCAUGCUGGCCUUGGGGGUCACGCAGAUGGCGCUCGGCUGCCUCAUCGUGGCCGUCAGCUUCGCUGCCCUGGCGCUCACCACCUCGGCCCGCGUCCGCCACUCCUGCCCCUUCUGGGCCGGCUUCUCGGUGCUGUUGUCAGGACUGAUUGGUGUUGUUUCAUGGAAGAGGCCCCUUUCACUUGUGAUAACCUUUUUCAUGCUGCUGUCUGCAGUGUGUGUAAUGCUGAACUUGGCUGGUUCCAUUCUCUCGUGUCAGAAUGCUCAGCUGGUAAAGUCCCUGGAAGGAUGUCAGUUGAUUAAAUUUGACAGUGAUGGCGUCUGUGUUUGCUGUGAAAUGCAACAUCAAACAUCAGGUUGUAGUAACCUUGGAGAAACACUGAAACUGAACCCUCUACAGGAAUGUAAUGUUGUGAGGUUGACCCUAAAGGAUCUGUUGUUCAGUGUAUGCGCUCUCAAUAUCAUCUCCACCAUUGUCUGUGCUUUGGCAACAGCGAUGUGUUGCAUGCAGAUGGUUUCUUCUGAUCUUCUGCAAAUGUUUCUGCCGCAGCGGCCACAUUCCGCCAAUCCGGACUGCAUGACUCCGCACGGGACUAUCCUGCAUCAGACCUUGGAUUUCGAUGAGUUCAUACCACCAAUACCACCUCCACCCUACUACCCACCAGAGUACACCUGCACACCUGUGGUAGAGGCACAGAGUAGAGGACUCCAUUUGGACUUUCAUCAUUCCUCGUUCAGUGCUUUAUAUGAAGUCACCAUUAACAGCCCAGGAAUAUUGUAUCCAACUGAGCUGCCCCCUCCUUAUGAGGCAGUGAUUGGAGAGACACCUGCCAGUCAGGUCACUGGUACUGAUCAGCAAGUAUCUGAAUCAAGCGUGGGUGAGAGGAACAUGACCCCGGGCUUCAGCACACAAGUUUCUGGUGAGAGCACCUCAUUGAUGGUCUCUGAGGCUGCUGAUGUCCCAGACCACAGCUGCUCCUCCGAAGAUCUUUGUUCGCUGGAAGUUCAGGGGUCUCUCCGUUCGGCAGAUUUUUCUCCCUGCUGUACAAGCCGCAAAGGGGCUACAGGCCAGAGCUGCAGCAGUCUGGAUUACAGCAUCCACUGCAGGUUCCACAGAACUUGCUCAGAGGGUUUUCCUGAUGAGGAUGACAGUUUGCACAGCAGAGCAUCUAUGGACCAGUCACAAGGACAGGAAAAUGAGAACUGUGCCCACGGCAGACCCUCAGACUGUUCCUCAGAGAAUUUCAGCCCCUCAGAAAGAGAAUUGCAGAGUUCUGCUCAAGAAAGCAAUGUCACGGCACAUUUGAAAGAAAAGAUCUGCUGUAUGGUCUCUAGCCAGCAUGCUGUCCCUUCCCAGACUGCUCCCUGUUUUGGACCUCCAAAUACUGCAUCGUAUGCGAGCAGCCCUGAGAGUACUGUCCAGCAGCACCAUGUGACAAAAUACCGAAAUUCAAAUAUAGUCCGAUCAUCGAGUGAUCCUGUAUCGUGUUCGUCUUAUCCAGAAGGUGAUCAUUGUGCCUGGACUCCUCCUGCAUGUAGACAGCAUCAAGAUGCAGGAUUAUCUCCAGCAACAUUAGAAACAGUUCCUGUUUCUGAUUCUCAUAUGGCUGCCUCUGCUUGUCAGCAUUCUUUGAGCAGUUUCCUACCAACUGGAAAACAGAGGGAUACAAGGAAAAUUGAUUUCCACUUAAAGCCAAAGGCUUUGCGAACAGCCUCAAAAGAGCGACCACGCUCUUUAGUGGACCUUAAGGCAUAUAAAGACACAAAAAUUUUAGUUGCCAAAUUUUUGGAACAUUCAAACUGUAAUCUCCCUCCAGAAGUACGUCACGUAGUGAACAGUAUACGAUCAGUAAUAAAAUCUGAUGAAAGACACAUGGAAGAAGCCAUCUUCAGUGCCAAUAUUAUAGACCAGGUUAUUACAAGUUCCCAGCAGAGUGCGAAUACCUCCAGAAAGCGGCUCCAAGAAGAUCUUCAUCUUCAGAGUUGUGGUGCUCUGAGCUCUCCAGUUGCCUUCUUACACAGGUCCCAUAUCACUCGCAGGUUAGAGCGGGACAGGCCUCACAGUUUAAUUGGAGUUUCCCGGGAAACCAUCCUUUGAUAAUAUUCACAGGUAUGUGAUUCCAGCAGAGAGAAUUAAGGAAGAAACCAGGACUUGGGAGAAAUACAAGUAGUGGAUGGCUUAAAAUGGAAAAAGUGUCUUCCUUUGGAAUUCUACUUUUUUCCAACAGCAGGAAGAGAACACCUGAUUUUCUGAAUGUAAAUUUCAGCCCUGCAUUUUGAAAAAUUUUAACUGAUUUAUUAGUAAACUCGUAACAAAUGUUUUCUCAACCAGAAAUGCGUAUAUUCCACUGUACUUAGAGAAAUGCUGUUGAUGAUGUCUAGCAUUUCUUGAAAACCAUUGCAAAACCACCAUAGACUGGCUGUACAACUUAAAAGUUGUAUUUAUUUAAUGUACCUCAAAGUGUUUUAACUAUGAUCAGUGUUUUAAUAAAAAGUAUUUCUGGACUUUGGUUUUUCAACAACUGAUUUGGAUAGAAAUGUAAAGGUGAUUCAUAUGCACAUACAGUGCUGCUUCUAAUUCGUUUUUCCAGCGUCUUUCAUGCCAGGCUAACUGAUCUGUUGUA